AUGGAUCCGGGACUAGGUCUCGUCGUGAACAGCAUGGUGCCGAACGAGAACGAGCCACCAAGACCGCCACCCAAGCCGCCGCUGCAACUUCCGAAAGGCUUUCUUGAGAAGUCACAUGUGCGACAUGCGCUCAAGUACAUGCCAGACGAUGAGCAGCGAGAAAGAACGUUGGAGGUAGCCCUGGCCUGGAAGAAGAAGUUCGCAGCUAGGAAGUGGAAGACUGUUGUUGCUGCUAUCGAAGCUGCGAGCAAAGAAGACUGUGUCCGAUCGCUGCACCACGACGCCAAUAUGCAUGAACCUCACACGAUUUUACAACCUACGGGGCGACCGCGAGCUAUGACGACGGCAUCAGCACCUGCAGUUCCUCGAAUAGCUUCACCACCAACGUCGGGACACAGCGAGCUUACAAGCCUUCAAACUGAGACCGCUUCACUGCCUCUACGGCGUAGUCUGGCGCCAUCCACGCCACGAACAUAUCGUUGGGACCUCAUGCCGACAGGUCCAGUGACACCUCUUUCACCUACACCGAUGGGCAAUGCCUUCUCCGGAGGCGGUUUCUGGGAGAAUUCUGCACCACACACGGAGCAGCAUAAGACACCAACAUCUACCGCCGUGGUAAAAUAUGUACCGGUUUCUCAGGUUGUUUUGGCUGAUACAGACGCUCGGGAAGUCUAUGUUAGGAUCAAAUGUGAAAUCGAGGCUCUUGCUCGCAAGUACUGCUUGGCCCGUUACCACAUGCACUCUUCACUUGACGAGAAUGAUUUUGUUCCGGUCAACAUGAUCAUAUCGAGAGAUAGGAAGGCAGCUGCUGAUGUGACGCUACACUGUCGACUAUUGAAAUUAAAAAAGGCCAUCGUGAAGGACCUUCCAGAAAAGUUGCAAAGCCACGCCAUGCGCGAAGCUGCUCUACAGCGGCAGCUAUCCAUCAAAGACGAGGCCGAGUUGUAUGAACAGAACAACUGGAUGAAUGAUGAGAUUUUCGCCACAAUUCCAAAGAACUUGGGUUCAAAACACUACAAGGCACCUGCUCAUCUAGCCGUCUCGAUACUGGAUGAGCAACGAGAGGUAAUUCGUAUGCUUCGCAAACAGCGCAGGACCGAUUUAGAGCUCCCCGAUAUAGCGAUUGAAGCUGCAUGGGCAGCACAGAUCUCGCCACUUAAGCUCCAUGGGGCUAAGGCUGCUGGGUCAAGCAGCGGCAGUGAUGACGACGAUGGCUACAGCUACGGUAACUUCUUGCGGAGCAUCAAGAGCGAAAUGAGCACAAGCUCGAGCUCAGGAGCACUUGCUUCCAUGGUGGAAGAACUAUCCAACAGCGACCUCAUUUCACCCAGAUCGCGUGCAAACACUCAGCAGACUGUCAGCUCGACGAGGAGCUACGAUUUUCGCUUCCCGCAACGGUCAAGCACAAGCUCCACCAAAGAAAAUCAUUCAACAACACGCUCAAGUGGAGCCAGUGUUUCUGAUAGCAGCCACAAGCAUGUCCACUCGCUCCAUCAACGCACCGACCUCCGUGUCUCGACAGAGAUCAUUGACGAAGUCCCAAGCGCAGAACUCAGCCCAGAAGACCGAGAAUUCCGGCACCGAGGUCCAAACCUUGUAGAUUUGGACCAUUGGGCAGAGGAGCUCAAGAGAAUGGAAGCCAUGCGGGCGGAUCGGCAAAAUAAUCUAGCACUCCACCGCCGGUCACAAGAUCGCUCUACCCACGAAGGCACUCCAGAAAAGCGGAUGUCAGUCGAUGGCAUCAACACACGUAUCUCCCCAACUCGGCAUUUCCACAGCCGAUUCUCCUCGUCGUCAUCGAUAUCUACAAACACGUCCAAGCCCCUCCCACGAUCAACAUUGACAAGUCUCUCUCCUUCCCGCACGCAAUCAGCACCCAAACUCACCAUGCUCAGCCACCCACACCACCAGUGCAACAAAAGCGGAGCUUCUACCAGCACUCAUCGACACCAUACCAGUAAAGCGUCCAUUGACGACUCGCGCCGUCGCUACCAGCACGUGCGAUCCACAAGCAGCGUACACAUUCUUGCUAAAAGCAGUUCCAAAGACGACGAAGACGCGUGGAUGCGCGAGUUGAAGAACAUGGAGAGUCGUGAGCACGUUCGACAGAGUUGUGAGAGGCGGCGGACGUCUCAGCUCCCCAAGGGCGAGGGGGGAUGGCGUGGAUGUUAUGGAGAAGAGGAGGAAGAAGUGACGGAUAAUUUGGCUGGUGGAAAGGCCUGA